AUGCUUUAAUUGUCAAUGUAAAUAAGAAAUAGCAAAGUAGAAACAAGAAAAUCAUAUCAAUAGAAAAAGUUUUAAUUAAAAAGCAGCACUCUAAAGAAAAUUUUAUUUCUGCUAUAUUUUGUUGGAAUAUUUUAACUUGAGAAUAAAUAAAUUAUAGUGGACUUAAUGAACAUUAGUUUAUUAAUGAUUUAAAUAUGGAGACACAGUACUAAAAUAUAAAUAUCAAAUAUUGAUCGUUUUGAUCUAACUAUAUGUUUUUGUGCUUUAAUUUCUAGACAAACUAUUCCUCAGUUACAGAGUAUAAUAUUAUCAUUAUGCUUUUUUUCUUUCAAAAAUAAUCUGUCAACAAUCUUAAAAAGUGUGAACUUACUUAAAAAAAUAAAGAAUUUAUCAAUUACUAUUAUUUUCAUAAUUUUGCUUACAUCAUAUUUGUUUACUUAUUUAUAUCAUUCAUAUGAACAAACAUUUGGACUUUUUGGAACUUUCAGUAACACUUGUAUAACAAUGUUAGAAAUAUUAACUUUAGAUGUAUUUUUGUUAUGAAUUAAACUAGUCAUGGGGUUCAAGAGGAAGAAUUUUAGAAUAACAAGUAGGAUAUACAGGGAUUCCAUCUAUAAUUAUAUGUGCCUAUGUGUUCUUAAUGAAUUAUUUUUACAUGAAUAUUCUUAUUGGACUUAUUUUAGAAACUUUGUAAAUUGAAUAGAAUUAAUAAUUUGUUUAAGUGAAUUUCUUAGAUGAGCACGAAAUCAAAGAAAGAUAAAUUAAUAAAAAAUUAUAUGAUAAUACUCAUAUAUGUAAUUUAAUGUUAGGAUAACUUUAUUAAUAAAUUGUUAUGGUUUUUAGCAUAGUAAGUGUAAUAUUUAAUAUUUAUAAUAAUUUUUUGAUUGUGGAUGAUAUGGGUAGAAUGUUUGAUGCUUUAGAUGAUAUUUUAUAUUCUAUUCAUUUUAUAUUUUUAUUGUGUUUAGAUGUAUUUUUAAAUCAUAAUAAUAAAAGAAACCAAGAAUAUAAUAUGAACGAUCUAAAUGGGAAAGAAUGUUUCUCCAUUUUAUCGCAGGACCCUUAGCAUUGUUUUUAUCUCAUGAUUUAGCUUGUCUUUGCAAUUUAUGUAAACUAGCAACUACUCCAACUGUAAGAGGAAUAUUUUCAGGAACAAUUUCAAUAUUUCCAAUUCUAUUUCCUAUUAUAACAGUACUAUUGGCAAUAAUAUUAUUGAUGGCUGUUUAUACAAGCAGAUUCUAUAGUUAAUUUAUUGGAUUCAAAGGUGAAACAUAUUAUACAUCACUUUAAUAAGCAUUUUAUACUUUUGUUUAAUUACUCACUUUAGAUGGUAAAUGUCAAAUUUAUUUUUAGAUUGGGAUGCAAAUGUUUUACCAGUAUUUGAAUCCUAAUAGAUAAUUAUGCCUUACAUUUUAUUUCCAUGUUUUAUUAUAGUCUCAAAUGUGAUUUUACUUAACAUUUUGAUUGCAUGUAGUUGCAAAUACUUUAAAGAAAUAGAUUAUUCUAUUAAUUAAUAAAGCAUUAAUGAAGCUCAUCCUGAUAAUUUAUUAGUUAAGUUAAACAAAGUGGCUGAAUUAUAAAUACCAACCAUUAUUUGCAAUACACCUAAUACAAUUUAGGAAAGCCACAUCUCACAAAGAGAAGGACUUGUCUAAAUAUGCUAUAAUAAUAAAAUAAUUUAUGCAUUAUUGAUUAAAUGA